UUUGAAAGACACUCUCUCACUCCCGCUCUCGCUCUCCAUUUCUGCAUCACUCUCGCAGUCGCAAACCAGCCGAGCGGCGACACCGAGGAGCCGAGACCUCGCCGGAAAUUCUGCGGAGCAUCAUGCUGUCAUCUUCUUCCGCGCACGCGUGAGGGACGCUUUGCCGCGAGUGACAAGAAGGCUGUACGAUCAACCGACGUUCCUCGGUCUCAAAGUGAAGCGCCAUGGCCGCGAGAGUUCUUGUGAUCUGCCUCCUCGCGAGCACCUCGCUCGGGUUCUCGGCUGCCGGCCUCGUGAAAAAAGUGCUCCGGCAUCGCCGCCAGAUGCCUCUGGAGCACAACGUCACCUCACCCGGAGCAGAGCGCCAGUCUGUGAUCUUUAACCACGUCUACAACAUCAACGUCCCCGCCAGCCACCUGUGCUCCGUCGACCUGGACGCCACAGAGAGCUCGGCGGAAACGGCCAGCACCUCCGGCCAGCACCUUUCCGCGGACGGGGAGAGCCAGAUUAUCUUCACCCACCGCAUCAAUAUCCCUCGCGGGGCGUGCGGCUGCGCUGCCGACCUGCCGCGCAUCAGCGACCUGAUGAGCCGCAUUGAGAUGCUGGAGGGGGAAGUGUCGGCGUUGAGGAGGCGGUGCGGCGGUGGCGGGGACGUCGGUUGCGGUGCAACGGGGAAUGCGAGGACCGGGCCCCUGUGCAGCGGACACGGAAACUACAGCGCGGAGACGUGCGGAUGCGCGUGCGAGCCCGGCUGGAAGGGAAGCAACUGCACCGAGCUCGAGUGUCCCGAGGGUUUCUUUGGGGACGACUGCUCUCGCAGCAUAUGCCCGGACAACUGCAAAGAUCGCGGGCGUUGUCAGGACGGCCGGUGUGUCUGCAAGGAGCCCUGGACCGGUUCGGACUGCUCCGAGAUGCUCUGCCCCCAAGACUGCUUUGGGCGUGGGCUCUGCCUCAACGGAACCUGCCACUGUCACCCCGGGUUUUCCGGGGAGGACUGCGGGCGACUCACCUGUCCGGCCGACUGCCACGGUAACGGCAUCUGCAUCGACGGCCGCUGCGCCUGCGCGGCGGGUUACGGCGGUGAAGACUGCUCCCGCCUCACCUGCCUCAAUGACUGCAACGACAGAGGCGCCUGCUUCAACGGGAUGUGCAUCUGCGACGACGGCUAUCAGGGCGAUGACUGCAGCCAGUUGGCGUGCCCCAAUAACUGCAACGGUCGAGGCCAGUGCGUCAACGGGCGCUGCGCCUGCGACGUUGGCUUCCGGAGCGACGACUGCGGCGAGAUAUCCUGUCCGAACGAUUGCCUCCGGCGGGGGCGCUGCGUGAACGGCCAGUGCGUGUGCCAGGAAGGCUUCGGCAGCGAGGAUUGCGGCGUCAGGACCUGCCCGUCGAACUGCUACGGUCGCGGGGCCUGCGUCGAGGGCCGCUGCGAGUGCCACGCCGGCUUCGGCGGGGACGACUGCGCCCUGCUGGGCUGCCCCAACGGCUGUCGAAAUCGCGGGCGCUGCCUCGACGGACAGUGCGUGUGCGACGAAGGCUUCGCCGGGGAGGACUGCGGCCGGAAGGCGUGCCCCAACGACUGCCUGGCUCGGGGCCACUGCGACGACGGCGUGUGCGUCUGUCAGGAGGGCUACUCGGGCCGCGACUGCUCCCGGCUCACUUGCCCGGACAAGUGCAACGGCAGGGGGCGCUGCGUCGGGGGAAGGUGCGAAUGUGAGAGCGGGUACCGAGGGGAGAGCUGCGCCGAGCGGAGCUGCCUCAACGGGUGCCACAACAGAGGACUCUGCGUCAAAGGACAGUGCGCCUGCGACGAGGGCUACAUCACAGAUGACUGCUCCGAAGUGUCUCCUCCAAAGGAUCUCACCGUGGGUGAGGUCACGUCGGACACGGUGAACUUAUCCUGGAUCAACGACAUGCUGGUGGCCGAAUACCUGGUCACGUACGGGCCCACUCAGCCCGGCGGGCUCCUUUCGGACUUGACCGUGCCGGGAGACCGAACUGGCACCGCGCUCAAAGACCUGGAGCCGGGUUUGGAGUACCGCGUUAACGUAUAUGCCGUCCUGGGCAACGAGAGGAGCGUGCCGGUUGGCGCCAGCGUGGCCACAGCUCUUCCGCAGCCAGAAGGUAUGAGAUUCACGUCUGUGAGAGAGACCGCCGUCGAGGUUGAGUGGGAGCAGCUGAACGUUCCCUUCGACGGCUGGGAGAUCUGCUUCCGUAACAUGAAAGAAGAAAACGGAAAGGUGGUCAGCACGGUUCCCUCCUCUCAAAAGCGCUUCCUCCAGUCGGGUCUGGGGCCGGGUCAGGAGUACGAGGUGUCCAUCAGUGUGAUCAAGAACAACGCCACGGGACCACCGGCGAUCCGACGAGUCACAACCAAUAUCGACGCCCCGCAGCAGCUCCAAGUCUUGGACGUGAGCGACUCCUCUGCAUUGAUCAGCUGGUCUAAGCCGGUGGCGCCGACGGACCGGGUCACCCUGUUUUACAAGCCCAGCCAAGCCUCCUCCGAGGGCGCCAAAGUGGAGAUCUUCCCGCCGGACGGGCAGCACAGCCUGGAGGGCCUGAAGCCUGACACCGAGUACACAGUGUCGCUUGUGGCCCGCAGCCAAGACGUCAGUAGCGAGCCGGCCGUCGCCACCUUUACUACAGCGCUGGACGCCCCCAGGGAAUUGCUGGCCGUGCGGCAGACAGAAGACAGCAUCACCCUGAUGUGGCGCAACACUCUGGCCGACGUGGACAGCUAUCGUGUGAAAUACAGUCCACUAUCCGGUGCGGCUCACGGGGAGGAAGUGUUCCCGCGCGGACCUGGACAAAGCACCACGGCCACCAUCACGGGGCUAAAGCCAGGGACCGAGUACGGCGUUGGAGUGACCAGCGUGAAGAACGAGCGGGAAAGUCUCCCGGCCACCAUAAAUGCAGCGACCGACCUGGACCCGCCCCGAGGUCUGGAGCAAACCGAGUCCACAGAGACGGCCAUUCGCAUCCGAUGGGAGAAGCCGCACGCUAAGGUGUCGCGAUACCGGCUGGUGUACGUCUCCAGAGACGGACAAGUCGAGGAGGCGGAGAUCGCGCCCUCUGAGACGACUUUCGUCUUAGCCGACCUGACGCCGGCGACAAGUUACGCCGUCACUUUGACGGCGGAGCGAGGCCACAGGAUGAGCUCGCCAGUCACUCUGAAUGCAUCCACAGAGGCAGCCGGGCCCUCGGUGGCCAACCUCACCUUCUCUGACGUCACAUGGGACGGCUUUACGGCCUCCUGGAGCCCCUUGGGCGGCGACUUUGACAGCUUGGUGGUGGAGGUGACAAACUUGGACAAUAUGGCGCAGAGCCAGAACCUGAGCGUGUCGGGCGGCGCGCUCAGCCUGGGCCUCUGGGGCCUGAACGCCAACACCAGCUACAUGGUGGGCCUCUACCCCCUCUACCAAGGUGUCUUCCUGGAGCCCGUGUUUGCCGAAGCCACCACAGAGGCAGAACCCGAAGUGGAGCACCUCUUCGUCUCCGACAUCACAGCCGACAGUUUCCGCGUGUCCUGGGCGGCAGACGAAGACCUCUUUGACAGAUUUGUGCUCAAACUACGGGACAGCAAAAGAUUCUCCCGUCCUCAGGAGCACAUGGUCCACGGCGAUGAGCGAACCAGGCUAAUCACUGGACUCAUGCCAGGCACAGAGUAUGAAAUUGAACUUUACGGCCUUUCUUUGGACCACCGUUCCCAGCCGAUCUUUGGGGUUGCUCAGACAGGCCUGACAACUCCAAAGGGCCUUCGGUUCUCUGACGUGACGGACUCGUCAGCAGUGGUCCACUGGUCCACGCCUCAGUCUGCAGUAGACAACUAUCACAUCACGUACAUGCCAUUUGAGGGAGGAAGCCCGAUGAGCGUAACUGUGGAUGGCGACGUGCUACAGGCUCUGCUACCCAACAUGAUUCCCGGCAGGAUGUACCAGGUGACGGUCAGUGCGGUGAAGGGUCUGGAGGAGAGCGACCCAAGUGGUGACGUCGUAACCACCGCUUUGGACAGACCUGAAGGUCUGACCGCGGUUAACAUCACAGACAGCUCCGCUCGGCUGCAAUGGCGACCGUCCGUAGCCACGGUGGACGGCUACGUAAUAACGUAUAAUUCCGAGUCAGUGUCCCCGAUGGUGGAGCGCGUUUCUGAAACCGAGUUGGAGAUAGCCCCCUUGCUUCCGGGAACUCUCUACUCCGUGGAGCUCGUGGCCACCAGGGGGGCGCAGACGAGCGCCUCCGCCCUGACAGAAUUCACCACAAAGCUGGACGCCCCUCGAGAUCUGGUGGCCCUGAACAUUCAAACGGAUAGCGCCACUCUGACAUGGAGACCCCCGCCGCAAGCGGCCAUUAGCGGCUACUCCCUGACCUUCUCCGCGACCGAUGGCUCAACCCGGGAGGUCAUGCUGAGUCCAACCGCCUCCUCGUACAACAUGGCCCAGCUCGCCAGGUCCACGGAGUACACGGUCCAACUGCAAGCCAUCUCCACGGCUGAGCGGAGUCGCCACGCCACCGCCGUCUUCAGUACAGUGGGCCAGUUGCACAGGUACCCCAAAGACUGCGCUCAGAUCUUCCUGAAUGGGGAGCGCGCAACAGGCGUGUAUAGCAUCUACGUGGCCGGCGUUCCAAGCCAGGUCAUCCAGGUCUACUGCGACAUGGAGACGGACGGCGGAGGGUGGACGGUCUUCUUGAGACGGCAAAACGGGAGGCUGGAGUUCUUCAGGAACUGGAAGAACUACACCGCUGGCUUUGGUAACAUCAACGAUGAGUUCUGGCUAGGUCUCGGCAACCUCCACAAGAUCACGACUGCAGGCCAGUACGUGCUGCGCGUCGACCUGAGGGAUGCCGGAGAGUCGGCCUUCGCUCAGUACGACAAGUUCUCCAUCGCAGAGCCAAGAACGCGCUAUAAGCUUUACAUCGGCGCCUACAGUGGCACAGCAGGCGACUCCAUGACGUACCACCACGGCCGCCCCUUCUCCACUUUCGACAACGACAACGACAUCGCCGUCACCAACUGUGCUUUGUCCUACAAGGGAGCCUUCUGGUACAAAAACUGCCAUCGUGUCAACCUGAUGGGAAAAUACGGAGACAAAAGUCAUAGCAAGGGUGUCAACUGGUUCCACUGGAAGGGCCACGAGACCUCCAUCGAGUUUGCCGAGAUGAAACUCCGACCGGCCGACUUCGGGAAUUCCGAGAGCAGGAGAAAGAGAUCCUGAAAACUUCAACAUCAAGAAAUACAUCGAUGAGAAUGACACAAAAAAAAAAAAAACAACAACACUGACUACAACCCAUUGGG